AUGUUCCCCACCGACGCCCAGUCCGAUAUCCGUAAUUCCAGGCUCUAUCAAGAUUUCAUCAAAGCACUACGCUCGAACACCAUUCUCUCGCCAAAACAUUAUUCCUACGAUGUUACUCCUGCUAUUCAAUACUUCAAAUCUUGGGGCCCCAAUUCAGCUCUCAAGAUCUUCACUGGAUUUCUAAUUUGCAAGAAAUUCCAGAUGCCAUUAAAGAGUAUGUUAGAACCUGGUGUCGGGAUUCAAUGGCUAAAGUUUAUUAAAGAACACCAUGCUGUAUUCCAUCCAUAUAGCUCUGAGGCAAAUAAUAUCAUUCGAUCAGGGAAGGGAAUUUCUCCUAGACCCUAUCUAGAUCAAAACUUAUAUAACAAACAUAUGGACAAUCAUGAAGUUGAGAAGUACCCACUUCCCUCGUUAUUACGAGAUCAUCUCAAUGCAACUAUUAACACUGUAACUAUUUGCACUUUAUAA